AUGUGAUAUAUGUUUAUUUUCAUGAGAUAUGGAUCGGGAUUGAGUGUUUUGCUAGAUGGAUCUGCUGGUGAAAGCGGUUUUGUAUUGUUCUUUUGCGAGAAUCAUGUCAGUAAAUUGUAUAUACGAUGCUAAUAAAUGAAAUGGAAUUCCAACCAGAAAGUGACAUUAUCUUUCAUUUGGAAACUGUUGUUUCUAAUUUUCGAGAUGAUCCCGAAUGCAGAUUCUAUUCUAUGAAGCAUAUACGUUUAUUGUUGAAUCAUAAAUGAUGGGGAAGGAUUUUAUCAAGCCUAAGAGGAGACAUGUUGAAGAUAGCCAAGCACAGAUAACUCCACAUACUAGACUGUACAUUGAAAUUCGGCAUAACCAAUGGCCUAUUGUUUAUAGGAAAGAAUACAAUGUCCAUUUUCUUGGUGUAGAAAAACUUCAUCCAUUUGAUGCUAAUAAAUGGGGUAAUAUAUUCCAGUACCUGAAAGAUGAGCUGCACCUAUCAGAGGAUAAGGUGCUACAACCAAAUGAAGCUUCACAAGAGGACCUCUUGGUAGUACAUACUGCACGGUAUCUUCAGAGUUUGAAGUUCAGUUUUAAUGUAGCAGCAGUAGCUGAGAUUCCACUGCUAGCUUUGGUACCCAACUUUUUUGUCCAGUCACAUUACUUGCGACCUAUGAGGUAUCAGGUGGGUGGGAGUAUCCUGGCUGGAAAAUUAGCACUGGAACGUGGAUGGGCCAUAAACAUAGGUGGUGGUUUUCAUCACUGCUGUGGACAGAAAGGUGGUGGGUUUUGUCCAUAUGCUGACAUUACUCUUCUCAUACGUUUCUUAUUUCGGCAUGGGCGAGCCAGAACAGCUAUGAUUGUUGACCUGGAUGCACACCAGGGAAAUGGCCAUGAGAGAGAUUUCUUUGGUGAUUCCAGUGUUUAUAUUCUUGAUAUAUACAACAAAGGCAUUUAUCCAAAUGAUGGUGAAGCUAAGAAAGCCAUUAGAAGAGCAGUUCAGCUGGAACAUUUCACUGAGGAUGCUGAGUACCUUGAUCUUGUAGAGCAUAAUCUGGAGGAAGCACUCAGAGAAUUUCAUCCAGACAUAAUAGUUUAUAAUGCAGGAACAGAUAUCCUUGAUGGAGAUAGGCUUGGUCUUCUGUCUGUUUCUUCACAGGGUAUUAUACGCAGAGAUGAACUGGUAUUCAUGAAGGCUAAUGAGCGUCACAUACCUGUUGUAAUGCUGACGAGUGGUGGUUACCUCAAGAGAACUGCUCGUAUCAUAGCUGAAUCCAUUAUCAAUCUCUACGAUAAAGGCCUUAUUUCAGGGCCUACUGUGUAAUUUUUGUCCCCCACUGUCUUCAUUCUGUUGUUCAAUUAUGCUUGUAAUUAAUGUGCCAAAGUCCGUACCUUCAAAAAAGUCCAGGGGGCUCAUUAAUAUUCACCUAUUACAUAUUGGUGUCAACAACUCACUCUUGCACAGAUAUAUUAACUAAUGUUUAUAGAAUUGUUUACAUAAAUGCAAGAAUUUAUUGAAGGAUAUAAAAGCUUUAUCAUCCAAAAGAAUUAGUUGUUUAUUGAAUAUAAAAGAGUAAGUGUUCUGCCAUCUACAUCAGGGUUGUGAAAUUUCAUAAAUGUAGUAGAUAUUUUCACAAUAAAUAGUUUGUUAACAUAAUGUUUGCUCAUGGCUGGAAUGGCCAACCUGUAGUUGACAUGAUGCCUUAUAUAUUUUCAGUAUUUAGUGUUUCAAACACGAAGAAAACUAAUUGGUGAUGGGCCUAACAAAUUAGGACAAAACUUUAAUUGCACAUUAUAGACUGUAUCAACAGAUAAUUUUAUAAAACCUUAUGUGUGAAAUAGCCAUAGCAUUCUUGCCCAGAUUUUUAAAUCCUUGUAUUUUUAUUGUAAUAAAUAAAAUGUUGGUAGAUUGCAUAA